AUGAAUCAUUUGUCUAAGGCUGAUAGUAGGAAGUUGUUCUUCAUGCAUGCAUUCCAUAAAAAUGAAAUUGAGAGUCUUUCAGAGGACCUGAAGAAAAUAGCCGAAGACAUUGCAGACAAGUGCUCGGGAUUGCCGUUAACUCUGAAGACAGUAACAAGAUCCAUGGCGAACGUCAGACGAAAUCCUAACGAGUGGGAACCCACGCUAAAUCGGCUAAAGCAAUUCGACACAAUCACAGACGACGUUCUGCCGACUCUCAGGUUAAGUUUCGAUGCUCUGCCUGAUUAUCUAAAGCCUUGUUUCGUUUUUUGUUCUGCAUACCCGGAAGAUACUAGAAUGGGUUGUGAGUACCUAGUACAAGUAUGGAUUGCCGAAGGAUUUGUUAAUCCUGAUGAAACACAAGAUCCAUACGAGCUUGGAUGA